UGCCAGGGACAUACCGUACCAGGGGGUCUUCAGCUGCAACUCCAAAAGGAGGUACACGAGGAAUGCCAUGUUUUUCAAUCAAUAUUUGAUAUUUUUCACCUGAAUUUUGUCAAAGGAAUGAACUGCUUUUCCCAUAUGCGAGAUGGACUGAAAGGGGCCAGAAAACAGGCCAGAUCAGACACUUCUUAUUCUCAUCUGUUGCAUUUUUCAGCACAGCACGGAUAAGAAUCUGCAUGUGAAUAAACAGAUGGAUGAAGCCAAGCGAAGGACCGAGGACAGUCUCCUCGGCGUGUUGAGUGAAACUAUUCGGGAGCUUGAAGGUGUCAGACGCCGCAGAGAUCCUCAUAAUGUAACAGUGGGUGGGAGGAGAUGCUUGGGAGAGGAAACACAGAAAGGAAGUGAAGAAGGGAUGCUCAGUCUGGCAGGAGAUGCACAGGAGGAUGAAAGGAGUGUCAAUAAAGAGCAGAAAGUCUUGCGAGCGUUGAGAGAGCUGAGUGUGUUUCAUUCAGACAGACUGACAGCUUGGAGAGAAGCCUUGAGAGAAGACCCCUCUGUUCUCAUCAGGUGUCCACCAGGGGGCGGCGAGCAGCAGUCUGGAACAGAUCCUGCAGAAUGUAAAGUUAGGCCUUGUUCAGACUCCUUCAGCGACACUGUUCUGAGUGUAGGAGAGGACGUAGAGGACAUUCUGGACAAACUGAGCACAAUCAUUACCAAGCUGGAUGCAGCAGUUCUUCACUUAUCUGUGGACGAGACCUCGUCGACAGAUGGAGACGCAGCAUCUCAGGAACCCAGAGAAACCACGUUACAACCUGAAGACAAUCACCUGAACCCCUAUCAUCGACUUGAGUCUGAUUCUGGGCACGAGCAGGAAGUUGAGGAUGGAGCUGAUCAAAAUCAUACUACACCAUUAUCGGACACCAAACAUAGACCGGAUUCCACAUUCAACUGCAACGAUGUGGAAAAGACUGGAGAAGAAUUGCAAAAGGUCAAAGGUCAAGUGAGUGACUUUCUAGAUUUACUGGAGGAUGCAGAAAAGGACCAGGAGAGGAAAAAUGACAAAGAAGAGACAAAGAGUGAAUGGAUUCCAGUAGGGCCCGACGUAUGUUUCAUCAGAGCAUCUGUGGGUGCGGUGAAAGUUGUGAGGUGCGAGGUGGCCGACGCUCUGAGCUGCCUGAUGGUGAGCGGCUCAGAGGAGCUGGUCAGCAGAGUGAUCCGGGUCAAAGCUCAAGACGGAGCCACCUUCCACUUCCCUGUUACUGUGGCUUUGCCUUUCCACGCACGGUAUCGAGGCAACUACAGGGACAUCGCUGUGAAGAUAGUCGAUGAGGAGAGGAGGGUGAGCUACGUCACUCCUGUGACAACGGAAGGCCUGUAUGGAGGGCUGAGGGGCUCAUUUGCAGAGGUGAAGGUGUACUCUUUGGGCCUAUUUGCAGUGGUUUCCUGUCUAAAAAGGGAAAAUUACACAGUUCCCCGGAGGGGUUUGUCGCUAAAACUCCCCAUGGACCCCCGAAUCUGUCUGAACUACCUCCCAGGAUCCUUCACUGCUCCUGUAAUGGUACAAACAAUGAUCCAGCCGGUAGACGCCGUCCUUCUGGCUUCUGUCAAGUCUAGGAACGACGUGUAUCGUUCGGUGGUGUCCACCAGCCCUCUGCUCUACCUCACCCACCCGACCUCACAGCCGCUCAGGAGACCCCUCACAGUCACGCUUCCAUGUCCACCAAACCCUGAAAAAAUGAGGGACACGAGGGGACAAACAGAACAAGAACACCAACCAGCUCCUCAAGUUUUGGAUCGUUCAGUUACCCACAGAUUGAGAAUCCUGGGUGCUUCUGUGAAAUCCAAGGAGCUGUCCAAUGAGUUGCUGGUUGUUCUGGGCUCAAAGGAUAAACAGUGGAACGUCCUGGACGAUGUCACUGUCAGGAACCAGCAGAAUGGACUGGUGUCGUUUGACCUGACAGAGAACUCUGACAGGCUGCUCGUGGUUCGUCUCCUCUCCCUACUGCCGCCCUGUCAUCUCACUUCUCUGGCGGAGGAGCUGGAAGAAUCAAUCUGCUGCCACGCCGUCACCGUCGUCCUCCAGCGGCGAGGAGAUGAGCCUCACACUGUUCUGGUGGCUGCCCUGCCCAGCAGAGACCUCAGCUGGGAGCUGAACAAACUGCAGGCUCAGGGCGGCCCAGGCCUCGUGGAGACCUCAGCAGAGAUUUCAAUGUGUGAAGCAGAUCAGCUGCUCCUGCGUUUCAGUGGGAACAUCACCUCCACAGUUGCUCAAAACGACAGAAACGAAGACACACACGAGCGAAUCACCUUUCACAGCCAGCGGAAGAAUCACCUCUUGGUGCAUCUCACCGAAGUGGACCCGUUUGGAAACUACAGCUCUCCUCACUACAAAGGGACGGCCAUUUUUUAUAAGGUCACCAAAGGUCAGCUGGAGUGGCGAGGGGAUAAAGCUGUCCUGAAGCACUCGAAGCUCCUGGGAGAUCCUAUUUGUAAGCUGUCUCUGACUUUACCCAAGAAAGUGAGAAACAGUCGGCCCAUUGCACCGAGACUGAAGUUAUGUGAGGAGACAGAUUCCCUGUCAGACUCUCUUCUUCUCUGGCUGUCCGGGGAGCUUUCAGAGGAGGAACUGGCCCUGCUGGUGCUCUCACUGCGCCUCCGUCGCAGCACCACUCAGCUGGUGAAGCUCCGGGCCGGGGACAGCCUGUCCUCCCAGGCCUUCCACGUCCUGGCCACGUGGAGGAGAGGGCUGCCCGCUGUUCCACACCGACCCAAGGCCUCUCAGCUCGCCCACUGCCUGGCCAAGAGCGGCAGGCCGGAUCUGGCCAGAGAGCUCCUGCUGCGACAGGCUGCAGCCACCAGGCAGAGCUCCAUGGAAUAUGAACGUCCAAAAAAGACAAAUUGACACUGCAUUUUCACUGCCGCUUUCAAUCAGAGCCAAAUGAGGGGAUGGUAGUGCUUUGUUUGAGCCACAAGAGGUCAGCAUUAGACUGGGAGAUUCAGCGCUCUCUUCUGGACUCGUGUCAAAUUGUGCAGGCCAGUGGUUCAACUAUUUUAUAUUUAUAUGCAGCGUAUAUGUAUAUAUUUGAGUCUAGACUCGGGCAAAAGAUGACUCAUUUUUACAGACCUAAGAAGGAAAUGUUGUCCAGGAAUUCAAAAGAUGACAAUGGGGGGGAAAAAAUGGAAGAAAUAUUUGCUAAAGCACUUGGGAUGUUGCUCAGCUUUUUUAGGUUAAUAACGUCAUUCACCCCCAUAAUUAUAUUACAAAAGCAGACCACCAGCCUGUGAACCAGUAGUGAAGGUAAUACUCAUGUUCUGGCAUAUCUGAAGCAACAGUCAGACAAUCAAUGUCAAAUAUGAAUAAAUGCGCGCCGCGAGGCCAUUUGUAAUCUACACUUUACCUCACAUUAUGGAUUACAAUGCAAUAAACUCUCAAAGGUCCGACUUUAAAGAAGCACAGUGGAUUAUCUGUAACUGUAGCACUUUGACUCAGACUUAAAUAUGAACAGAAAAAGAAGUUAUUUAGUCCUUUUUUCUGGUUUUCCCCUGUGCAUCCAGGAGUUUUCUCAGGCUUCUUUUUAAAGUCAGAGAUUUUGGAAGCACUAGUCUCUGACAGAGCCGUCACAUUCUCACUUUAUUUUGUAGUUUGUCUCCACAGACAGGUAGGUGAUUUAGCAGCCCAGUCAGCCGUCUCUUCUCUCUGCGUAAACAAACCCUGACACUGAGCUCUGACCUCUUUUCAGCUCCCUGACACCGACUCAUCUUUAAGACAUGACAGCGUCUGUUGAUGAUACCUGAUUGGAUAACAAAGACUUCAGUCUCAGCAUACUAAGAUAGAGUUCUGUUUGUGGUAUAGGUUGGAAAAACUCAGAUUACGCACAGUGCCUAUAUGCCUUUAAAAUAAAUAAUGCUGAUAUAAAUAUAAAUCCUGUACAUAUGUGUGCAAAUUCAGCUUGAUUAAUUUAUUUUACUAUGUUGUUUACCAGCAUUGUGUGUGUCUGAUGGAGGUUCUCCACAAAGUUAACUUUUUAACUAGUUUUAAGACACAUAUUGUGCUACACCAGAGGUUUCAACUCAUUUUAGUUCAGCCCAAUUUGAUCUGAAGUGGGCCGCACCAGUAAAAUCAGAGCAUAAUAACCGAUAAAUAACAAUUUAAAUUUUUUUCCUUUAAGUGCAAAAAUGCUCACAUUUAAGGAAUGAUCUUUUUACAAAACAUUAUGAACAACCUAAUUUCUUAAGAAAAAGAAGUUCAAUUUCAACAAUAUUAUUCCUCAGUUUAUCAUUUACACAUUACAACUUGCAGAUCACAGUGUAUCUACAAAGAAAUAAAGGUAUCUGGAACUGAACGAUGUAGUAUUUUACUUUAUGAUCAAAAUGACAAAAGUCAGACAAAAUAAAACAAAAAAAACAACAAAAACAAGACAAAAUAUUAGAAAAAUGAGACACAAAACGAUAAAAAUGAGAAAAAAAUGACAGAAAAAUUAGAUAAACAACAGGAAACAAAACAAAAAGGCAAAAAAACUGACCAAAAAAAGCCACAAAGUGACAAAAAAAUGAACAAAUGACAAAGAUUAGACAAAAAAUUACAAAAGCGGAGAAAUAAAACGGCAAAAAAUAGACUAACAACACAAGCGAGCCAAAAAAAAACACGAAACGAGAAAAACGAUACAUAAAAACAACGAAUAAAGCAAAACACAAAAUGAAAAAAACAGGACAAAGUGAAAAUAAAAACAAAAAGCCAUGAGACAAAUGACAAAAGUCAGACAAAAAAAAGACAAAAAUAACAACAAAAACAAGACAAAAUAUUACAAAAAUGAGACACAAAAAGACAAAAGUUCAAUGAGCAAUCUAGUAUUUUACUUUAUGAUCAAAACAACUUGUCAGGAUCUUGAAAUUAUAGUUAAUGUCUUCUCUGUAAUUUUUACUCUUUACAAAGUCGUCCUGUGGGCCAGAUUGAACCUUCUGGCGGGCUGGCUUUGGCCCACGGGCCACAUGUUUGACACCCACAUGCUACACCUUUCGACCCCGGUUCUUUUAACUAUUUAUUCUUUUACAAGGUGGUCAAUUUGAACAAUCGGGUGUCUGGAUUUUAAGUACUAACCUUUUUUAGGACAGCAAACAAGCUGGAGGCCUAAACUGUGGUCGUAUCCCACAAACCAUGCCUCCUCCGAACACUGAGGAUUAUAUUUUACUCUGCCUCCAGUGCUGCUACUCACACUGGUGUAUGAAUGCGUGUGAAUGUUGGUGGUGGUCGGAGGGCUGUAGGCAUGGAUUGGCAGCCAGGCUUCCAUCAGUCUGCCCCAGGGCAGCUGUGGCUACAAAUGUAGUUUACACCAUCAGAGUGAGAAUGUGUGAGUGAAUGAAUAUUGGAUCCAUUGUACGCACUUUGAGUGUCUAGAAAAGCGCUAUAUAAAUCUAAUCCAUUAUUAUUAUUAAAAUGCCUCCAUCAUUAGACAACGUGAAUCAUACUUUGAGUUUCCAGCAGGUCAUGGAUCUGAUUUUUUCAGACAUCCAGGAUGCUGCACAUGUGAGAAAUAAAUUUGCAAAGUCCAUGCACUCACUUAUUCUGUCCUACAUAUGCUAGUUAGUGUUUAAUAUGUUCCUCAUAUUUUUGUUUUGCAUCUCUUAUUUUAUUGUAGUCUUAUUAUUGUUGUAGGUUAUGCACCUUGGGAGUGGGAGCAAUGAUUUAAAAGAUGUGAGAAUAUUAGUAUUUUAUAGCUGAGCUUUUGUAGUUGAAUUCCAUUGUACAGUUUACAGCAAACAGUUGUUGUUUCCCUUCAAAAAAUGCAUUUAAAGCUACUUUCUGUGUGUUUCUGGUACUUUCUUAGGAUAUGCAAUUACUAUCUCUUGCUAAACAAAUAAUUAUAACACCGAUGCAUUGCCUUUAUCAACAAUAAAGGUGAUAAUAAACCUCUACUUUAGUAAAGUAAACAGCUAUAGCAUGUGUGAUGUAAUAAAAAUGAGUGGUGUCCACUGAUUAAAUACAGUCUUU